GGUAAUAUUAGCAUUCUUUAAUGUACAUGUUUGUAUACAAGCAUAUUAUUUAAAGCUGAAGAUAGCUCAUUUUUUGGAACUGUUUCUUUAAAAUUUUAAAGGUGGCAUUAAGAAAGAAGAUAAACAGUGGUACUUGGUGUGAAAAGUGAAUUCUAUACCUGUAAGAAGUCUCCAACCCUUUACAUUAUACUUCUGUAACUGUAAAACAACAAUUGAAAAAUAAACUAAAAUAAAGCUUAGAGCAACACAGUAUACAGAAUAAACCUCACUGAAAACUCCUGAUUGCCGGUGGAGUGCGUCAUGUGACUUACUUGCCUGUUCCUCCCAAGUUCUUUUAAAAGGGCAGUGCAACCAAAGCUGAAGUGAAAGUUCCCCUCCACAGCCUUCUCUGGACUCUGCUUUGUCCUCUCCACAUCAACUACAAUCGAGUGUCACUAUACAACUUACUUUAACCACAGGGAUUUGAAACACUGAGCUGGAUUGAACCUAUAAAGUCUGUCUGAAUAAUGUCAUCUCGACCAGAACUCAAGAUUUGUGACACGUUGGAGGGGGCAGAGGAUGAAGGGCGGAGGAUAAAGAGGAGAGAGAAAAACAGAGUUGCAGCUCAGAAAAGCAGAAAAAGACAAACUCAGAGAGCGGACCAGCUUCAUCAGGCCUGUGAACAUCUGGAGCAGAGAAACAGGAAACUCAGGCAAGAGGUGGACUCACUAUCUGAAGAACAGCGUCUCCUCUCAGAAGCUCUCCGCAGUCAUGAACCAUUCUGUCUCAUAAUGCACUGCUCCUUCUCCUCAAACUCCUCCAGUCUGCAAGGGGACAGUAUAGUUGCCCUGUCCCAUUGA